CUCCUCACUGACACAAAGGGGACCAGUGGUAUAAAAGAAGUGUGUGCUUCCCCAAUAUUCACACUUCAGCCCCUGUCUUUCAACCUUCAGUCUAGUUUCAGCUGCAGCUACAGGAUCAGGAGCUAAGAUGACUUUCUACGAUGACAUUUACCCAUUCUACCCUCUACAAAGGACCUCCUUCAUCUUCAGUGGCCGCUUGCUCACCACUAUUCUGGUUUUCCUUGUGUUAGCAGUCAGUCUUCUUGUCAUUCUGCCAGGUAUACGAGGGAAGUCGAGGCUGUUCUGGAUGUUUAGAAUAAUUAUCAGCUUGUUCAUAGGUGCUGUGAUAGUGGCGCUCAACUUUACCAGUGACUGGGCCGAGGCCAGAAUGACCACUAACGCCACCUACAAGUCUUUCAGCAAUGCAGUGGUUAAUGCUGAGAUCGGCUUGCAUGUCGGCCUGUACGGCAUUAACGUUACACUGAAAGGGAAUCCUGUUAUACAGUUCAAUGAGGCCAUUGACUACAAUGAAAUGUUCAGCUGGCACGACACUAUUGAAGACGAGUAUGAGGAAGCUCUGGAGAAAGGUUUACCCAACCCUAUCCUGUAUAUUGCUGAGAAAUUCACCCUGAGCAGCCCAUGUGGCCUCAUCUUUCAGUACAGAUACUCUGGACGAUACGCCUCUGCAACUCUCUGGACUGCAUUUUGUUGCUGGAUGAUCGCGAAUAUCCUGUUCUCCAUGCCAGUCAUUCUGUACGCCGGCUACAUGACGAUGGCCACCGCUGCAUUCAUCUUCUUCUCCAUGGCCUCCUUCUCCACCAUCAUGAAUGUGCCUCAGUGUGUUUUCUCCAUAGGAACUGACUCCUUUGAAGCAGAAUACAGCCAUUCGUUCUGGCUGGCUCUGGCCACAGGUGUGCUGUGCACCAUCAUUGGGGUUCUGGUGGUGCUGUUUAACUUCAUGAUACCAGAGAAGAUGAAAGAGGCUUUCAGUGUUGGUGUCGACAGUUAUGAAGAUGAAGACGUUUCUUAUGAUGAGGGCUAUCUGAAUUCAAUUUUCCUUCAAGAUGUGCUCAUUUCACCACUGACAUCAAAAGGCACACAGCAACAUGUAUGAUGCCACGCGGGUCUCCCUCGGGGAGCUUGUCCAACCAGUACUUGAAGACAGUUUUACUGAAUGUGUAACAGAUGGAGUGUCUGAGUUUACACCUGUUUAAUUGUCCAUGUUUUGUGUUGUACACGAUUUAACUGUAACUAGUUGUAAAUAGUUGUAAAGUUCACAAUAUAUGAAGUUGUAUGGGAGCCAUACAAUGAUCAGUAUGGAUUAUAGGUCUGUCAUUGUUCACCUUGUGAAUUUGAUUUUGGAUACGUUGAUGUUGGGUAGGUUUCUUACAGUGCAUGCAUCUGUCAGUGGUUCCACAGCUUCCAAGAUACAAACAAAUGUGAAAACAUGAAAGAAAACUACCUGAUCAAGUACGACUUAUUAAUCUCUGAUCCAAACAUUU